AUGAACAGACAAGUCUGCAAGAAAUCCUUCAGCGGUGGGAGCCAGGGCUUCUCUGGCCGCUCUGCUGUGGUCUCCAGCGGUAGCAGCAGGAUGAGCUGUGUAGCCCGUUCAGGGGCUGCCAGUGGAGGAGCCUGUGGGUUCCGGAGCGGGGCAGGUGGCUUUGGCAGUCGCAGCCUCUACAACCUGGGGGGCAACAAGAGCAUCUCCAUCAGUGUGGCUGGUGGUUCCCGGACUGGUGGCUUUGGGGGAGGGCGUAGCGGCUGUGGCAGUGGCUUUGGAGGUGGCUUUGGUGGUGGCAGAGGAAUGGGAGGAGGCUUUGGAGGAGCUGGUGGAUUUGGAGGGGCUGGUGGCUUUGGAGGGGCUGGUGGCUUUGGUGGAGCUGGUGGUUUUGGUGGAGCUGGUGGUUUUGAUGGAGCUGGUGGUUUUGGUGGAGCUGGUGGUUUUGGUGGGCCUGGUGGCUUUGGUGGGCCUGGUGGCUUUGGUGGGCCUGGUGGCUUUCCUGGGGGAAUCCAGGAAGUGACUGUUAACCAGAGCCUUCUGCAACCCCUCAAUGUGGAGAUCGACCCUCAGAUUGGGCAGGUCAAGGCCCAGGAGCGGGAGCAGAUCAAGACCCUCAACAACAAGUUUGCCUCCUUUAUUGACAAGGUGCGGUUCCUGGAACAGCAGAACAAGGUCCUGGAAACCAAAUGGAAUCUGCUCCAGCAGCAGACCACGGGCUCCGGCUCGGGUCCCAACAACCUGGAGCCUUUCUUCGAAUCCUACAUCAGCUUCCUGCGCAAGCAGCUGGACUUGGCUCUGGGGGAGAGGGGGAACCUGGAAGGAGAGCUGAAGAACAUGCAGGUCCUGGUGGAAGACUUCAAAAAGAAGUAUGAAGAUGAGAUCAAUAAACGCACUGCGGCCGAGAAUGAGUUUGUGGGACUCAAGAAGGAUGUGGAUGGGGCCUACAUGAACAAGGUGGAGCUGCAGGCCAAGGUCGACAGCCUGACAGAUGAGCUCAACUUCUUGAGGACCCUCUAUGAGAUGGAGCUGUCACAGAUGCAGAGUCAUGUGAGCGACACGUCUGUGGUCCUGUCUAUGGACAACAACCGCUGCCUGGACCUGGACAGCAUCAUCGCUGAGGUCAAGGCCCAGUAUGAGGAGAUCGCCCAGAGGAGCAAGGCCGAGGCUGAGGCCCUGUACCAGACCAAGCUUGGGGAGCUGCAGAACACUGCCGGCAGACACGGGGAUGACCUGAAGAGCACCAAGAGUGAGAUCAUGGAGCUCAACAGAAUGAUCCAGAGGCUGCGGGCCGAGAUUGAAAAUGUCAAGAAACAGCAUGCCAACCUUCAGGCAGCCAUUGCUGAAGCUGAGCAGCGUGGGGAAAUGGCCCUCAAAGACGCCAGUGCUAAGCUUGAAGGCUUAAAGGCUGCCCUACAGAAGGCCAAAGAUGACAUGGCCCGUCUCCUGCGUGAGUACCAGGAGUUGAUGAAUGUCAAGCUGGCCUUGGAUGUGGAGAUCGCCACCUACCGCAAGUUGCUGGAGGGCGAGGAGUGCAGGAUGUCUGGAGAGUGUCAGAGUGCUGUGAGCAUUUCGGUGGUCAGCAAUGUCACCAGCACAAGCAGCAGCUCUGGUGGAAGCCAUGGAGGCUUUGGAGGGGUCAGCGGCGGUAGCAGUGGUGGCUACAGAGGCAACAGCAGCAGCAGAGGCAGCAGUGGUGGCCACAGAGGAAUAAGCGGUGGAAACAGCAGUGGCUAUGGUGGCGUUAGCGGCGGCAGCAGCGGGGGGUUCCAGAGCACUGGCACUGGGAGCUACCAGAGUGGCAGUGGCACCAGCACCGGAGGCUACCAGAGCGGCACCAGCACCAGAGGCUACCAGAGUGGCAGUGGCACCAGCACCGGAGGUUACCAGAGCGGCAGUGCGGGGAGCAGGCUCAGCGGUGGAAGCAGCAGUUCUGUGAGCCAGAGUGGAAUUGGCUCCAGCUCUGGUGGCAUCCAGACCACUGGAGGCAGUGGCUACAAGUCUGGCAGUGGAGGCAGCACCAAUAUCCGCUUCUCUCAGACCCCCAGCUCGAGCCAGCAGAGCUCCAAGUGA